UCCCCACUGUCACCAUAUCAAAUCCAGAAAGAAACCACCAAUUCAAUUUAUCAACACGUCUCUCUCUCUCUCUCUCUCUCCGCUGCUGCUACUUUUGGCAGUUGAUAAAGUUGAAACUUGAAAGUUGAAGCCACUCUUUUCUGAGGCAUGACUGAUCCCCACUCUCACGUAAUCUCUCUAUAAAUUUCCACCUAACGUCUCUCUUCCACAUCUCUCUCUUUCUCUCUUCAAAUUUUGGAGACCCUUUCUUUUGGGACUGGAAUGAUGGAUGGUUUUGAAGGCAAAACCCCGCAAAACCCACCACCGGAGAGAAGUCAGAGACUCUCGUCGGCGGCCCAAAUCUUCCUGAGACUUUCAGCCGCAGCGGCGUCGCUGGCCGCCGCAUGGGUUAUGUUCACCGCCAAGCAGUCCGCGGUGAUAUAUGGGAUGCCCCUCGAGGCCAAAUAUAGCUACUCCUCCGCCUUCAUGUUCUUUGCCAUUGCCAAUGUGGUUGCAUGUGUUUUCUCUGUGAUAUCGCUGUUGGUUGCUGUUGUCCUUCAGCGCAGUAGAUUUGUCCCCAACAACUAUUACUACAUGUUCAUCCAUGAUCUGCUUAUGACGACGCUGGUGAUGGCGGCGUGCGCCGCUGCAACGGCAAUAGGGUACGUCGGAAAAUACGGGAACGUUCACAGCGGGUGGAUGGCCGUUUGCCAUCACUUCGCCAGGUUCUGCGACCGAAUCACCGCCUCCAUCAUACUUUCCUAUUUCGCCUUCGUCUUCUACUUCUUCCUCACCAUCGCUUCCGCCAGCAAGUCCAGGAAAGUACUUCAAGCCUCAAGCUAAUAGUUGGCGCCAAUAAAUCCGUUUGGUUCAAGAGAAAGUGAGAGAAAAUCGUUGUUGUGGCAGUGGAAGAAGGUGAGAUCAUGGGCAAUAUUGUAAUGUUGUAAACGAAGAAGUCAGCGACUCGUUCGUCUGUCUGUACGAUUUGGUUUGGAGAAGAAGCUUUGCAUUAGUCUCUCGGCAUAAUUAAUUUCACGGUUGAAUUUAUUUGGCAAACAUAUAUUAUCAAACAGCUUUAGGGUAAGGGUGGAAUGAAUGUCUUUGCCUACUCAAUCAUGUACC